GCCGCUCGGGGCCGCGGGGCCGCUCGGGGCGCGGCGCGGAGCCGCCCAGAGGGGUCCGGGCUCACUAGCAGCCCCACGUCUCCUUCGGGUGUCUGGGAAGAUGCUCGGGGUGCUGCUGGCCUUCGUCCUCAUCCUCAUCGUGGUCCCCGGGGCCCCCAGGGGAGUGGCGCAGUCCUUCCCACGGGACCUGGUGCCACGCAGCACCGUGGGGCUGGCAGCCACCGCCACCUACCCCCGCUUCGGGGGUCUCCGGGGGGACAACGUCACCACCCAGCUCGGCCUCGACUUCCAGCGCAUGCUGCGCCUCAAUGGCACCCUCUUCGUCGCCGCACGGGACCACAUCUAUGCCUUCGACCUGGGGCAGGACAAGCGGGUGCUGUACCCUGAGCGGCAUCUCACUUGGGAGACGCGGGACAGAGAGAGCUGCGCCAUGCGGGGCAAGCUGCAGGACGGGUGCCACAACUACAUCCGCGUGCUCGUCCCGCGCGAUGCCCGCACCCUCUUCGCCUGCGGAACCAACGCCUUCAACCCCGUCUGCCGCAGCUACGAGGCGCGCAGCCUGCUGCAGGAGGGCGAGGAGGUGAGCGGCCAGGCCCGGUGCCCCUUCGACACCCGGCAGAGCAACGUCGCCCUCUUUGCUGAUGGCAGCCUCUACUCGGCCACCGUGGCUGACUUCCAGGCGAGCGACGCGGUCAUCUACCGGAGCCUGGGCGCCCGCAGCCCCCCGCUGCGCACCCUCAAGUACAGCUCCCGCUGGCUGCAGGAGCCCCACUUCGUCCAGGCACUGCCCUAUGGCCCCUACAUCUACUUCUUCUUCCGGGAGAUCGCGGUGGAGCUCGGCGCGCUGGGCAAGGUGGCGGUGGCGCGGGUGGCCCGGGUGUGCCGCAACGACCGCGGGGGCUCCCCACGGGUGCUCGAGCGCCGCUGGACAUCCUUCCUGAAGGCACGGCUGCAGUGCACCGUCCCUGGGGAUGCCGUCUUCUACUUUGAUGUCCUGGAGGCCGUGACGCUGCCCCACGCCCUGCACGGGCGCCCUGCUGUCCUAGCCCUCUUCGGCACCCAGCCCAACAGCAUCCCUGGCUCAGCCGUCUGCGCCUUCUACCUGGCGGAUGUGGAGCGGGCGUUCGAGGGACACUUCGCUGAGCCCCGGGGUGCUGCGGGUGCCUGGCCCCCUGUGCCCGAGGAGCGGGUGCCCCGGCCCAGGCCUGGCUGCUGUGCCGGGAUGGGCCCAGCCACUGCCAUUGUCACCUCCGGGGACUUCCCUGACGAGACGCUGACCUUCGCCAAGGAGCACCCGCUGCUGCACGGCGCCGUGGCCCCUGCUGGCGGACGGCCCCUCUUCACCCGCACUGGCACCAGGCUGACUCAGCUGGCAGUGGAUGUGGGCGCGGGGCCACGGGGGAACCACACUGUGCUCUUCCUGGGUGCCGAGGACGGGCGGGUACUGAAGGUCCUGGCAGCCACACGUAGUCCUGGGGACGUCCAGAACUCUGGUGACACCGCAGCACCUGGUGACACUGGGGAGCCUGGUGCAGAGGUGCUGCUGCUGGAGGAGAUCAGCCUCUACGAGCCCAGGUGGUGCCGGGGGCCACGUGGUGCCAGCCGGGUGCUGGGGCUGGAGCUGCACCCGCCAGGCCAGGAGCUGUUCGUCGCCUUCGCCGGCUGCCUCGUGCGCCUGCCCCUGAGCCGCUGCGCCCAGCACGGGGCCUGCCGCCGGAGCUGCCUGGCUGCCCGGGACCCCUACUGUGUCUGGCUGCCCCCCGGGGGCUGCGUCCCCUUCUCCGAGGACCUGCCGGCUGGCUUCGAGCAGGAUGUGGAGGGAUCCACCGGGCUCACAGGGACCUGCCACGAUGCACCAGCUACAGGGGACGGUGACGGGGACAGGGACUUGGCCCACGCCAAGUGGAAAGGGGAAAGAAUUCAUUUCAGACCACAGCUUCUGCAUCAGCAUCGCCGGGAAAUCAUCUGGGACUCUCCUGCCUGCCCAAGCACGCAGCUGAGCGCAACAGCGAUCCCCAGCUUGCAGAGGACGGGAAGUUGGGCUGGAAGCGGGGGCAGCAGGAUCUUGGUGCUCCACACUGAUAGCACAGUCUUAAAGAGCAAGGGGCUUGCUUAGCCUUUAACCUCAUCGACUCCUGUGCUCGCCCAUCCACGGCCUGCUGGGAAGUGCCUGGACUCAGAUGGCGUGGGUGACAAAAGCCCUGACACGGCGAAGUCCAGCCCUGACUUCAGUGGGAGGGUGCAAGAGGAGAGGUUAUUUACCCGCUCAGAAGCUGCCACUUAAUCUCGCCAGUAACAACAGACCCACACGGCCACAUCUGACAAGAAAACUGCUGUUCUCUGCCUAAAAAUCUCAAAUCCUUUCUGUGGAACAGCAGAGGAUACAGACGAGUUUAAAUUCUUUCUAAAUGCUGGGCAUAGAUCAAAUACUCCUCGGUCUUUGUUCAGGCCCCGUGUGUGAGGACUUCUAAAAAUAAAAUUAACGUGCGAUUUCCCCCCACAAGGCGAAGCAUUAAGAACACUGUCAGCUUUAUUUGUUCCAAUUCUAUAAAUGAAAUCCAAUUACCAUGAAUGCCACAGACUUUUUUUCUUUUCUUCUGAAGGGGAAGUUUGUUUCCCAGCUGAAGGGACUUUUUGGCAAAACUGGCCCUUUUCAGGGGAAGCAUGGAAAUACAUGAGAAUCAAAGUGCUAUCAAAGGCACAACACAGCAUUUGUACUACAGCUGCCUUCAGCUGUACAGCUCUUCAAAUUUACAAAUAAUUAGACUAACUUCAGGCAAAACGGAGAAGCCAAAGUUGACAGUGUCCCUUUACAUCCAGUAAUGUUUCUGGGAACAACAUAUUAGAAGAAUCUGUCUGGAUUUACUUUGAUACCGUCUUGAACCCUCCAACACAGACUUUUCAGUUCAUCAAAUGGACCCAAAUUUUGGACAUUCUGGGGAACAAAAGAAAAUAACUUAAUACAAGCUUGAAGUCAGCAAGGAAAUACUGACUUCACAGAGUGUAAGUCAACAGCCAGGAACCAAGUCUCUCCAAACAUUCAUUCAUAAAAAAUAAUUAUUAAAGCCUUCUUCAAAACAUCUUUUGGAAAAAGAUAAAAAAGUCUUAGUUAUAAAUAUAGCUACACUGGUUAUAAAUAAAUGCACUUAGAUUCUCAAAACCCAGCAAGUCUCAUGAAGCCUUUAUAAUAAUAGUAUCAUAAACCUUUCUCUCCCAAAACCUGUCACUGAACCCGAGUGGUUAAACACUGCCAAACGUUGCCGGAUACAUGAUUUUGGCAGACCUGACCUCCCUUUGAGGCCAAAGCUCGAAUAAAUCGCAGGGUGCUGGACACGAGCACUCCAGGAAUGAAGCUCUUCUCUAGUGCCUCAACACAAGAGUUUCUGCGUGGGACGGGGUGAACGCCAGCUGUUAAAGCACGGCAAAGCUUCACAAACCAUUUGUUGCCUGCAUGGGGUCCAGCGCAAACAAGGCCAUGACACUUCAGCCACAAGCUGACCCCCCGAGGCACCGCCAUCAACGAGAGCCAAGUGCUCUGUGGCAGGAGCACACUGCCCUGGAGAGUGAUUUUAGGAUGAAAAGCAGUUUUUUUUUUAUGGUAACAAAUGCAGCCCGUGACCAUAAGUUCAUGCCUUUAUGAACUCUUAAGUUUCUGUUACAUCUCAAACAUCCCGAUAUGGGUUGAUCUAUCAGCAAAGAAAUGUGAACAUUGGCAGUAUCUGAACCAACAGAAAACAGUUAUCUGGACACGCUUGGAAGUAACGGGGGGAAAAAAGCAAUGCAAGGACCAUGAAAUUGAAUGAUUACCUCAAAUACUGCCAAUUGUUACAAAAGUAGGACAUGGAAAUUACGAAAAAACAAACACACAAACCAAUAAACUGUGGGCCGAGACAGCUAUGAAUUUUUAUCUUGCAAGAAGGCAUUUUCAGAAAGCAGGCCAGCUGCUAGGGCCUUGGAGCUGGAAGUCGCUCCUAGCCUCUACAACCUUCCGCAGCCAAGAGAACAGCAUGCAUAUGGUAUUUUUCUAAACUUCACUUCUUUUGCUUGUGACUGCCGAGGGAGAAAAAGCUUUCAUUAUCAAUUGCUAUGCGAUCAUUCAGGGCCCUUCCAAUCGAUUUCCACUGUCUUGAAACACAUAAUCUACAAGCCUGCAAAGAGGAAAGCAUUUAGCUAUCCUCUUUAAUAAACAGGCUUGCAGAGUAAAAAAAUACAAACAUUUCAGUAACAAGAUCAGCUGCUUGUUAAAAAAGGUUUUAGCAUCUUUAAAAAUAAAAACUGUUUAGUAAAAAAGUGACAUAUGUAUCUUCAGAGACAAACUGGCUCACAAGCUGUCUUACAGCAAGAGCUGAAUGUAUAGUUUUGCAUCUAUAAUCAGUCAGCGCUACUCUUCAGCACAGAAGUGUCAAAUAGAACAGUUGACUAAAUUUCAUAAAAUUGAGGAGGAUUUUUCUGUGAUCCCUUUGGGUGGUUGAAGGUUCUGAUGUAGAGCUCCGCCGAACUUUUCCACAGUCCAAAGAAGGCAAAAUGUAACAUUCCCUGCUAUCUUGAAACGCUCCAACUGACACACGGUCAGCCUGGCCUUUGCUCUUGCAUUGAAGAUUGCCUCUGUGAACUAAAUGCAGACUUUUGGAACAAAACAUAUAAUUGUUCAAUGCCAAUUCAUUUCCUAGCUAAAGUGGGGAAAUCCCCUCCUGCACCUCAGAAGAUUGUAAAUAAAAAUGUAUCACUCC